CACGUGUUCCGGAGUCAGAAAACUGAACUUAGCUUUACCGGGGAGCUCUGGCUUUAGGCAGUAGGUAUGAGUGAUUUCAGUGAAGAAUUGGCAAGGCCUGUGACAAAGGAUGACCAGGUGAAAAUGUCCGUGCUCUCUGGUACAGGAAUGCAUUUUCCUUGGCUUCAAAGUUAUGUAGAAACUGUGGUGAUUGGAGGGAAAAAGAAGAAGGAUUUUGCUCAGACAACAAGUGCUUGUUUAAAUUUUAUCCAGGAAGCUCUGCUGAAGCACCAGUGGCAGCGAGCUGCAGAAUACAUGCACAGUUAUUUGCAGACCUUGGAGGAUUCGGAUGGCUACAAAAGGCAUGCUGCACCUGAGAUUAUUUGGAAGCUUGGAAGUGAAAUUCUGUUUUAUCAUCCCAAAAGCAACGUGGAGACUUUCAAUACUUUUGCUGACCGGAUGAAAAAUAUUGGUGUCAUGAAUUAUUUAAAGAUUUCCUUACAACAUGCAUUAUACCUUGUGCAUCAUGGAAUGCUUGAGGAUGCUGACAGAAAUCUGAGUCAGGCAGAGACAUGGAGAUAUGGUGAAAAGUCAUCUUCCCAAGAAGUAUUAAUCAACCUUGUUCAGGCCUAUAAAGGGCUUUUGCAGUAUUAUAAUUGGUCUACAAAGAAGAAGGAAUUGUCAAAGCUUGAUAAGGAGGAUUACACAUAUGGCACUGCAACCCGAAGUGUGGUCAACCGCAGCUGGAAGACAUCUGUAAAUCUUGGUGCAUUGAUUAAAAUUCCUGGAGUUUGGGACCCUUUUGUGAAGAGUUACGUAGAGAUGCUGGAAUUCUAUGGGGAUCAAGAUGCAGCCCGAGAGGUACUCACCAAUUAUGCAUAUGAUGAAAAGUUCCCAUCAAAUCCAAAUGCUCAUAUCUACUUAUACGACUUUCUAAAGAGAAAGAAGACACCAAGAGCAAAACUGCUAAGUGUGCUUAAGAUUUUGUAUCAGAUUGUACCAUCUCAUAAAUUGAUGUUAGAAUUUCAUACAUUACUUAGAAAAUCAGAAAAAGAAGAACACCAUAAACUGGCAUUGGAGGUGUUGUUUGGAGUUUUAGAUUUUGCUGGAUGCACUAAGAACGUAACUGCUUGGAAAUAUUUGGCAAAAUAUCUGAGACAGACCUUAAUGGGAAACCACCUUGUGUGGGUUCAAGAACAGUGGAACUCCAGGAGAAACUGGUGGCCAAGCUUUCACUUCAGCUGCUAUUGGGCAAAAAGGGAUUGGAAGGAAGAUACAGCUUUGGCUUGUGAGAAAGCUUCCGUAGCUGGAAUACUGUUAGGAAAAGGUUGUAGAUAUUUUCGGUAUAUUUCAAAACAAGAUCACGAAGUCUUAAGGAAGAAAAUUAAGCGGAUGAAGAAAUCAGUAAAAAAAUACAGUAUUGUAAAUCCAGGACUCUGAUAUGACUCUUAGUUAUUUCCCAGUGGUAGCCACAGAGUAGUAGCUCAAUAUUUAGUUAUUGAAUGUAUUUAUGUAGUGUUUUAAGAAGGUAGUUUGUAUGACCUCAAAAAAGUUAUUUUUGUAUAUGUUUAUAUAUUUUUUAUUAUCAGUUAUAGCUAAGGAAACAGUUUCACUGCCUUUGCUCUUUAUAAAUAUGUAUGUUUUCUUUUUUGUAAUGUUAAAUAUAACAUUAAGGAAUAAUUCCUCAAAUGAAAAAAUAUUUGUUUAGUUAGAGAGUACAGCUCUACAGCAAUUAUUGUUUGAAGAUAAUUUGUCUCUGACUAUUGUGUAAUAAAAUAUAACUGUAGUUUUAUGAGAUG